GAUUGUGAGCUGUGAAGUAAACACUCAACAUGGAUGGUUAAAAAAUCGUACAUAAUUUUUAGUUCCAAUAAGUUGUUAAGCAUGAAGAACUGAAGCUUUAUCAGUGAAUUUAUUAUCGUGAUAAUGUCUUCAGAAAGGGUGGAAUGGGUGGAGAUUAUAGAACCGAAGACAAAGGAGCAUAUGUAUGCUAACCUAACAACAGGAGAAUGCGUAUGGGACCCACCGGAGGGUGUUAAAGUUAAACGUACGGAUUCAUCACAAUGGUGGGAGUUAUUUGAUAUUAAUACUCAUAGGUUUUAUUACUACAAUGCCUCAACUCAGACAACUGUUUGGCACAGGCCUACAGACUGUGACAUCAUACCCUUAGCUAAAUUACAAACAUUGAAACAAAACACUGACCCAGAGAAACGCAGGGAAACAUCUACUCAAACUAAUUUGGCUGCCCCUCAGGUGCCGUCAACCCUAGAUCCAAUUAACAGUAAUGGUAACACUACUGCCAGUGUCAGCAAGCUAUCACCAAGUAAUACCAAAAACAUAACAAUCACACAAACAAGCCCAGUUCGUACGAGGCGGACUCACUAUCAUCACAGGAAUAGCGGGGAAAGUCGUAGAGGACGCUUGAGCGAAGACGGUUCAACGGCCCUGUGUCGGCACACAGAUUCGGGUCGCUCGUCUGACAGCAGCAUUAGUAGUGCCCAGCAAAGGAGAAAACAGGAGCUAGCAGCAUGCAAUCCUCCAAUUUGUACGCCACAAUUAAAGAAACGUAGCAGUGUUCAGCCACCCCCUACACACGAUAGCGAAAAAUGGUCUCCACACUCAGGUUUGAAUCGCAGCGGUAGUUUCAUAUCGCCUCGGAAAGAUGCCUCCGAUGAUUCGAUGCACGAGAAAUACUUUAAGUCUGUCGAGAGCACGCCUUUAACGAGACGUAAGUUAAAACAGCAAUCAGCCGGUGGGUCGUCUUGCGAAUCCGCUUCACCGCAGAGUCCGAGCAGCCCUCUGCAGAAACCACAGUCAACUGCGUUUCUACAGACAUCGGCGGCCCGGCCCUCGCUCGUGUCAUCAAUAUCCUUGGCCACAGAGGCGGCCGGCGCCAGGCACAUGCUGAGCCUGGAGAGACCACAUCACCUGUCUAGACAUUCGCGGGAGAGAUACUCCGAUAGGCACUUGGACAAGGAUCGGUUAGCAGAAUUAGAUCGCAUUGAGCGAUAUCCGGAGAAGCAAGCCGUCUACAGUGUUGACAAGCCAUUCAGACAGACUAGCUUGGACCUACGUCACAAUGCAUCCAAUUGGCACACGCCGAGAGAAUUCACAAGGUAUCAACAAUCUGUUGAUAUGCGGCAGCAAGCGGAACCGGAGCGGUACACUUCAAGCAAGACAUCGGCGUCUUCGGGCAGUAGCAAGCACCGCACGCCGCCGCACGAGCCGCACCAGCCGCACGUGCCGCACGUGCCGCACCAGCCGCAUCAACCGCACCACAACUUUAUGAGGCUCUCCUCUGCUAAUGAGGCCGAUAAUAUUGCUGCUGUGAACUACAAAAUGAAGUGUGUUAAUUUGGAGCCUUCGCUCACUGAGCCGAAUGUACAAAAGCACAAUCAACGAUUGGAGAGAACAACACCGCGGGACAGAACUAAGUCUAGGCGCCACAGGAGACCGGUGGAACCUGAUGAUCAGGGGGAGGAUGAAGAAGAGGAAGAUGGAGGAGGUUCCCCGCUCUACUGUAAUUGGGAUCUACGCGGCAUGCAGCAUUUGCUACCAUUACAGGACUACAUUAUACAACAGGCCAAGUUGUCCAGUCGCAGCCGCUACGCCGGUCACUCGGACUCGGAUAACGAGUCGGGCUCGUCGCACUCGCGCUCCGGCUCCGAGUCGCGCUCGCUGUCCGGCCACGAGCCGGACAACGAGUCGUCGGACGGCGGCGCGCGCACGCCGGACGACGACGACGGCUCCGGCGUGUACCUGCCGCACACGUACGCGCACCGGCCGACAGACGCGGAGUACAUGAACCACGGCGUGGCGUAUUAUAAUACGUUCGUCGGGUUCGACAGGCAGCCGUCGCCGGGGAUACAUAGGACGUCCUCCGUGGGCGGCGGCGCGAGCGCGACUGAGCGCGCGGACGCAGCAGACGGCGCGGCGGGGCACGGCGCGACGGCGAGCGAGGGCGCGCUGUACAGCCCGGUGCGCGCGCACCCGCGCCCGCUCGUGCCGCACCUGCCGCACAUGCCGCCCCCCGAACAGGACAUAGAGAUAUUCGCUAAGGACAACCUGAAUUUCAACAAGGGCAUCUUCAGGAGGAAGGCGUCUGUCCGCGACAUGUUGUCGUGGACGUCGUCAUCCAUAAACGCGCCAAUGGUGGGUGCGGCCUGGGACAAGGGCCACAAAAAGGCGGCCACCGAUCUGUUCCGCUUGGUGCAGAUUUAUAUGGGCGAUCGGAAAGCGCGUCCGGGUAUGACGCUAAAUUCCGUCGCGCAAGAUAUCCUGCACGCUACGUUCACAAAUGAAAAGCUCCGCGACGAGCUGUACGUGCAGCUGUGCCGGCAGACGACGGAGAACCCGCUGCGCGACUCGCUGCUGCGCGGCUGGGAGCUGCUCGCCGUGUGCCUCGCCUUCGUGCCGCCCUCGCCCGCCUUCCAGCCCGCGCUCACCAACUACGUCAACCGGCACCGCGACCCGGCCUUCGCCGACUGCUUCCCGGAGGUUGGAAAGUGGCCAAUUCACGUACAAGUAUCGCACUAUGCUAGUGUAGCGUGCAAGAGGCUAGAAAGGAUCGGCUUCGGUGGGAAACGACAGCCAAGGAAACCCACGACUGAAGACAUCGAUCAAGCGCGGAUACAAAUCUUCCGUCAGUCAAUGUUCGGCAAUACGCUCGCAGAAGUGAUGAUGCUGCAAAAGGAGAGGUUUCCGAAUAGACAGCUGCCGUGGGUUCAGGUCGCUUUGUCGCAACAAGUGCUCGCCCUUAACGGAAGGGAAACGGAGGGCAUAUUCAGGGUUUCCGCUGACGUGGACGAAGUCAAUGCUCUUAAGGCGAAGAUCGAUAAUUGGGAGUUACCCGAUGCCUCUAUGCUGACUGAUGCACACGCCCCCGCUAGUCUACUGAAGCUGUGGUAUCGCGAAUUAUAUGAGCCAUUGAUCCCGGACGCGCUGUACGGCGCUUGCGUCGCAGCGGGGAGUGACUUCGCCGCGUGCACGCGAGCGCUGCAGCGGCUGCCGGCACUCAAUAGACUGGUACUAACGUAUUUAAUAAGUUUCCUGCAACAAUUCACUGCGCCGGAAGUGGUAAGUCAAACCAAAAUGGACUCCGCGAAUCUCGCAAUGGUGUUCGCCCCAAACUGCCUCAGGUGCACCUCCACAGACCCGAGGGUUAUAUUAGAAAAUGCGCGCAAAGAAAUGACUUUUAUGAAAACUCUAAUCACAAACCUCGACACUUCGCACGUACAAGAUCUUCUGUGACCGAUGAAUCUCAACUAUUGUAACAAUAACGUUACAAAGCAUAUGAAUUUUUAGCAGCUGUAAACCCCGUAUGUAAGGUGUUCUAUUGAGAUUAGUAUUAGUAAAGAAAUCGAGCUAUAAGCAAUAUGUAAAUGCAUUAGGAAUAUAACAACUAUCGUUGGAUAGGUUUUGUUAGCCUUAGUAGAUAUGUAAGAUUUUUGUAGGAUGUAAAUGACUCACUUAAUGCUAUAAUUCUUUAAGUGGUCUAAAGCAAUUAUAGUGGACAAUGUAAAUGCAAUAAUUUAAUUUUGUUCCAUUCUUUUUAAUACAACCAAAAGAAUUAAUUGAAUAUGUAAUACACAUAAUCGGCCUAUAUGUCCCAUUAUUAAUUGUUAGUUUUUCAAUAACAUCGUAGUGAAAGCGGCAUGCAUGCCCAAGAGCCAAAAACUUUCACGGUAUCAGACAUCUGCUAACCGGUACUUAGCCAGGGUUGUAGCUUAAACCCUUCAAAUAGACUAGAAAGAGGCAAAUAAUUAUCAUAAUAAAAUUGAAGGUAUGGACAUAAAGUAGAUGUCUCUUUUUUCGAAAUGUAUGAAGUUUCACUUUGAAAUUUUCUUCAACAAUCAACAUGAUGAACAUUGAAGAAGAUGAACGCAAUAUUUGUAGCAAUGAAACUUGUGUAAUGUUUAAUAAUACGGUAUUAGUGACAGAAUAAGCACAAAUAUAUCCAUUCUUAUUAUCGUUUUACUUCAAUUGUAAUUAAAUUGUUGCUGAUAGCUCGAUUUGUUUUACCAACAAGAUCUUAUAGCGGUCUUGAGUUAUGGAAGUUUUUUGUUCUUCUAUUGAAAAUACUAAAGAAUCAUGUAUCUGGUUAGCAAAACGUAAAAUGCCGCUUUGAAUUUAAUAUCUGAAAUGUUUGAAUGAUAAUCAUGAUUGCGACACAUAGCAAACAUUAUAGUGCCUAUCGUUAUAGUAAUUCUUUAAAUGGAAGUUUUGACAUUUAUGUUUAGUAAUUAAUUGGGGUUGCCAGAAUAUUUCUAUGAAUCAUAAUUAUUCUGAAUAUAAAUAAAGUAGAGAUAUUGAAAUUAUAUGACGUUUAGGUAUGUUUCUAGAUAGGAAAUUGCAAGUUUGGGUUGAUUCUCAAUAUUAAAGUAGCAUUCGUUGAUCCAUCCAUUUCAAAAGUUCUAUGUACUGCGCCAUAUAUAUUUAUAAAACAAUGUAUAUAGUAUAGAGACUUGAUAUACUCAAAUAAUAUAUUUUAUAAUGUUGGCAACUCUAUAUUUGAAUCUAGACAGUUCAGUACUUUCCAAUGUGCUUAUAAGUGUUAAUUAUUGGUUCAUGUAAAAUUUGAUCACAAAAUAUUGAAAUAAUUGAGAAGGCGAAAAAAAUAGAUUUAGAAAUUGUAACCAUUUUCAAAACUAUCGCUCUUGUGAUAUUAUAAAGGUUUCGAAUUAAUAUGAAUGAUACUUCAGUUUUAUUUUAAAUACUUUCCUCGUUGAGUCCAUGGUCGUUUUUUUACUAGACUACCAUUAAAAUAUAUUUUUAUGUGUAUGGUUUGGUAAGACUUUUUUAUUGUUUAUUGUCGUGGCAAGGCAGCGCUCUUUUCCAUAUAAAGUGAUUAUUCUCAAAUAUCCUUGUAUAUUUUUUGUAUUUUUGUAGUGAAAUGCGUAAUUAUUAUUCGGUCGUACCCAAAGAUAUUUAUUGAUAUGUAAUUAAUGACAUGACUUGAGCUUUACGAAAGUGUAUUUGUGCAAUUUGCGUGGUACGAAUAUGUUAUACAUUGAACGCGCGUGUUUUUUAUUAAUCGAUUAAAUUUGUUAGGCUGGUGUUGUAUAUGUAUCGUAAUACAUGGCAAUAUAUGUUAAGUGCAUAAAAUGAUCUUCUAUUGUAUAAACAACAAGUUUAAUAUAUCAAAUGGUUAUUAUCCAUUGAAAGUGUUGACCAAUAAAACUCUAUCUUGAUUGAUCUGAGAUAAUUUUAACUUUUGAGCCCGCAUUUUCACUAUUCACGUUUUUAUUUCAAUGAUGAAGAGAUUUUUAUAUUGUUUUAUUGAUCGUCUUUUUCAUAAUGUGGCCUUCACUUGAAUAGUGGCACGGGAAUAACAAAAUUAGAUUCUUCGAUUUUUACGCUAGAAAGAGAGAUGAUCUAUUUAUAUUAUCCUCACAGAGGCCAUUCAGAAUUUGGGUCCAUUUCGAAGCAAAUAUUGAUAAUACGAAAUAACAACACAAAUGUGUUUGUCACAAUCGGUUACGGGUAACGAGACAUGCAAUAAGACUGAAGUUAAAGAAUUAUGUGAUUCAAUUACCUAUUUUAAUUGUAAUGUUUUGAAGUUAUUACGACGAUGACAGCGCACGUGCGUGUCACGUUGUCAAUAAAGUGUCGAGUGUCAACUACCUGUAACCUGGGUUUUUUUGCAUAUUUCUAUCUAAUGUCAUUAUAAGAAUUAAAUGUUGUUUUUAAUAGGUUAAUCCCCUGACAGAUUGUGUAAGAAUUUAAAGAAUUGUUCUUAAAUGUUAAUACAUGGGGUAGAUGAUUCUGAUUGAAUCAUUCAGUUUUACAAUAAAUAUUGUAUACUAGGUCGUUUUUAAAAUAAAGAAGGUUCUAUUAUUUCUUAAGAGAUGAUUUAAUAAUACCAACAAGACGAUAAAUAAAACAAUUAAAAAGGGAAAAUAGAAACGAAAACAGCCUAAUAUCUCUUAUUCAUUUAUUUUUUGUUAAUAAGCGAUUGUAACUAAUAAAUAUCUAAUGGGACACUUUAAUUUUUCACUUUUUAAUCUAUGCCACUUUAUACUUGCCAGAAAUGAAUAAGCAUUUAGAUAUAGAAGGAAACAAUAAAGUUAAUAAUGUUUAUUAGAUCUGCUUAAAUGGGAGUUAUAUCUACGUAUAUAUGUAUUCAAGUUUCCUCAAGUUAUUAUACCUAUUGGCACACGAUACUUAGCGAUAACACUUGAACUAUUAAUGCAGCAUAAUAUGUUUGUAUAGAAAGUGUAUUAAAAUUAAAAUAGUGUUCAUUAAAUUAGCAAAAAAGUAUUGUAGAUACCUAUUAUAGUCACGAUUAUGAAGUUUAAAGUUUAUUGGAAAUAUAACUAAGAUGAUAAAAUCAAAUGAUUAUCAACUUUACAAUUCGAUUUAAUAUAAAUAUGUAGUGUACGCCAUACAAUUUUCUAUCGACUAAAACAUUUCUUUUAAUCGCGAGUAUUGUAAUUACAUUUGUCAAUAUUAACACGUCGUUUGCUGAUAGGAUAUUUUGCUUAAACUAAAUUAAAAUAAUACUCGUAUAUUAACAACAUUAAUUUACGUCUAAAUGAUAUUAUAUGUAAUUAUGUUUUUAUUGUUGUUAACACAGCUUUGACCGCCUCAAUUACGUCACAAAUUGCGUUUUAUUACGAUGAUCUAGUUGUACAUUAGUGUUUGGUUGCAUUUAUUUUAUAUUUGUGGAAAAUAGAAAAGUGCUUUAUAUUUUUAUUAAAUUUUAUAAACGAAUGUGAUUAAAUAUUAAUUCCAUUAAACAUUCCUCAAUUUUUAAUAUUGCAGUGGUGAAAAGAGAACUUCAAAACUCUUCAAGAUUGUGCAUGUCCGUUUUUGAACAGAAUAAAAUUGUUCAUGUACUCAUGUUAUUCAUGAUCAUACUUUUUUAAUGUUCGCUGAAAUCUCAUACAACAUAACUAAUUUUGAUAUCGAUACCAUGGUAAUUAUUAUAAAUGAUUCAAUGUUUAUAUUUACGUUUCAAUUUUGAGUAUACCUAGUGACUAGAGCUAAGUAAACAUUUGGACAUAUCGCAGUGAUUUGCUAUAAUUAUUUUUUUUUAUAUUUUUUUAAAUUUUGUAAUAU